UUCGUAAAUGUCAAAUCAUCGUACAAAAUUCACGUAACAUGAACAAAAAACAGGAAUACGCGGGAAAAAGAUCUGUGGGGAAAAAGGUUCGUAUAGCUGAAGACACGGAUUCGUCCAUAAUAAUGGAACUGUGUGAGGAACUGCUUAACGCAGACUUGUCUUUGAGUGAUGACAGCUCCAAUAUAGGCACAUCAAACUCACUCAAAUCAAUUGACGAUAUAGAAAACACACACGGUUCCAAAAGUAGUGACGACGAAGUGUGCACGAAGUGUUUAAAAAAAAUUGCUUCCGAUGAUAGUGUUGAGGAUGGUGACCAGGAGCAGGAGCACGUUGACUCGAAGAAGUGCGUCUCGGUGUUUUCGUCGUUGAACGAAUCGACCGACGGUAAACGGGACAAGACCGCCAAAAUAGGCGACACUAAGGAUAAAACGUUCAGAAGCGUCAGACUCACCGUCAAAAACGACGAACACAACAACGACGAGAAAGCACCGGAAACGCCGGACGAGAAUCGCGCCAAACUGACCGAAAUACCCGAGGAGAACGAACCGAAACUGACGGACAUAGCGGAGGAGAACGAGGAUAAGCAACAACCGAGACAAAAGGAGCUCAGCAAAAUGGAGAGCGAAAGCGAGAUGAAGAAGCUGGAGUACGAUCUCGUCAAGUAUUCGUACGAGGACCACUUGGCGAAGGUGUCGAAGGAGAUGCAGGCGGUGCUGAACGAUCUGCGCGAGCACCUGAUUAACCUGAACCAGCGUCGGAGUGGCGUUGAGGAGGAAUCCUACACGAACGUUUUGUCACAGAUCAAGGAGACCUACAGAACCAGCAUCAAGAACUCGAAGAUCAGACUGGCCACACCGGUCAGGACGCAGAAGAAGGACGAGAAACAGGUGAAGAAGAAGUCGCCUCCGAAGAUAGUACCCGAAUCCAAAACUCGCACACAGGGCAAACGGAUACCCAGCCUAGCCGAGUUGAAGGCCCGCGUGGACUUCGCAGUGCACCACCACAAGGUGUUCAUGAUACGUGGAAGAUGGGACGCCAUAAGGAACGCGUUGGUGCGCCGCGGCUGGAUCGAGAAGCUGUACUUUCCCUCGUGCACCGGUGACGUCCGCCGUUUCAUGAGCUACACCGUCACCGACCUGGCCAGCUACAUGCGCAUCGAGGACAAACGGCCCAUAGUCCAGCGGGUGAUUUGUUCCCGUUACUUGGGAGAUCAGCCCGUCGAUCUGUACUGGUCGGCGCACCACCAGUCCUUCACCAGCCAGAAGCAGCCGCUGGUGAACCGGUUCAGGAACGACGUGUUCUCGUACACGAACAAGGGCGGGUUGUGCGACGGGUCGCAGCAGGAGUACUGGUACAGGAUUCCGGAUGUGGCGGGGAUGAACCAUCCCAGGACCUACAGGGUUAACGACGACGAGGAUAGGAAGAACUUCAUUAAGGAUUACAGGACGACGGCGGCCAUUUCCUUGAUAAAAUGGGUUGUUAAAACUCACGAAAGUGGUGAACAAAAAAUCCUGUCGCCCUCAGGCAAAAUCUCCAUAAAUAUGUUCGACUUCGCAGUGGCGGAAUGUUACAAGUUCAUCAAACGUAAAAAGCACCACGACAUCGAUUAUCCGAUUGUUGAGGCGACCGAAGGACAAUGGAAAGUGUUCCUGGAAGCCUUCUCCAAAAUCGUUUACAUCGGAAACCAUUUCAGGCAAGUCACACACGAUCAAUCUGAAUCCGAUAUGGUUAAGAAAAGUAAGUUUUUGUUGAAGAUUAUUGGGGAGAUUUUCCCUUAUUUGCAAAUGGAUGGGCACAUGAACUUGUGGAUCCUCAAACCCAUUAACAGUUGCAUGGGAAUUGGCAUUAGUGUUUGUCGGGACAUUAACAGGAUCAUGAACAUUGUCCACGCCAACACCAAAAGAAGAUAUGUUGCGCAAAAAUAUAUUGAACGUCCUUUCCUAAUCCACAACACCAAGUUCGACAUAAGGCAAUGGUUCCUAAUCAGCUGCUCAAAUCCCUUAACAAUUUGGAUGUACAAAUCCUGUUACUUGCGGUUCUGCUCCCAGACAUACAACCUGAACUGGUUGCACGAAUCGGUCCAUUUGACCAACAAUGCAGUGCAGAAACGAUACAUGCACAACAUGCGGGACCUGACGCUGCCGUCGUACCUAAUGUGGACGUCCCAACAGUUCCAAGAUUACCUGUCCAACAUCGGGUACCCGAAGGCGUUCAAGAACAGCAUCUACCCGGCAAUGAAGCAGUGCUUCACUGCGGCCGUGCUGAUGUUGCAAAACAAAAUGGACAAGAAAAACUUGAACAGCUUCGAACUGUACGGUGCUGACUACGUCGUGACCGAAGACUUCAACGCCUGGUUGAUCGAGAUAAACUCAAAUCCGGCUUUGUUCAGUUCGACACCGAUUACACGGGUCAUGUGUCCUCAGGUUUUGGAAGACGUGAUCAAAGUUGUUGUGGACCAUCGGCGCAACCCCAAAUCGCCGACCGGCAACUUCGAGUUGAUUUACAAGCAGAAAGAGAAGGAGUACAGCAAAACUGCCCUGAAAUUGCGGGUGUGUGGCAAGCCGGCGCCUCAAAUGUCCCUGAUCAACAUGGUGGAAACGUUACCCUCCGUCGAUUCGGUCAUAUCGGACGUCACGAAGACGUCGGGCACCGAAAAACGGUCCAUGUCAGCGACCGAGAAACGCGAAAGUCCCACGAAGGAGAUCGUGAGGACGAAGAGUGCGUUGGUCGAUUUCGGCAAGGGGAUGCGUGAGACGCUCGACAAUCUGCAGAAGUUGAUCAAGAGGGAGAAGGAGAAGCAGAACAACAAGAAGAGUACCGGCACCGAGACAGCCAAAACUAACGUCGGAGCGAAGGGCCACGACACGUACUGCAACGCUGUGGCGGAUCAAAACGAGAAGGACGACGUUUCGAUAUCCACUACCUCGUUGCAAAAGCUGGAGAUGAUGACUAAGGGCAAUCAGCUAACGGACGAGGAGCUAAGCAAAACCUUGAAGGAGUUUUUGCUCAUGGUGCAAAAGGAAAAAGCUAAAAAGGCUAAAACUUCGAAGUCUUCGGAUAAGGACUUGUUAGAUGUAUUUAAAGCUGUGCUUAGCAACUUAAAAAAUGAAGGCAGGAAAGAUUUUUUGCAAAAAAUCAAACAGAUCGGAGCGACAUGAGCUUAUUUCUUGUGCAGGUUGUUUAUUACUUUAAAAUAUUUGUAAAACUUGAUAACAGUAACUAUAAUGACAUGAUAAGAAUAAAAACAAUGUUUGAAA